AAUGCUUCUGGGCGGUGGGAACGUGGAGAAGAUGUGGUCUCUCCAGCUCCUCCUUGCAGUGCUGACCAUCUUGACCAUGACUCUCUACAUCCCACCUGCACAUGGAGAGCCUUUUUUACUCCAAGAGAACCGAGUGCUUCCAGAGAGGGAAGACACAAAUCAUGAGGACGCUCUGCUGACUCUGCUUCUGAACAAGAAACUUGCCUGGCGGAGGCCGGAAAACAUCGACUGGGAGCUGGCAAAGAAAUUUGAAGAGCUUGAACAGCUGGAGAAACUGAAGGAUCAGCUCUCAGCUGAGGAGGGGUCAGAGGUAGCUUAUGCCUUGGAAAGCCUCUCAGCAUCCCAGCCCAGAAAACGAGCCUGCUUUUGGAAAUACUGCAUCUGAAGGCUGGCCAGGACUGGAGGCUGAAGAUGAGCCCUUCCCCACCACUGCCUUGCUGAGUAUUAAUGUGUUCAGAGUUUGUUCUGUUCUCUCCUCAUGCUGCUACCUUGGAUGCCACCCUCUGGGACCGCCUCACAGCCAGGUCUAACAAGGACUGUGACAGGGGCUGGUAGCCCUCUGCCACCCUCCACCAUCCCUUCC